CGCCGCCGCGUGACGCACUUCCUGUUUGUUGUUGGAGAAAAGGAGAAAGGAAAGCGCGAGGAGCCGCCGCCGUCACCAGCGCCGCCGCGCAGGAGCCGAGGAGACCGGGCCGCCACCCCGCCGCGCCUUCCCGCUGCCGGUCCCGCGUCCUCGGAGCCGUUCCAACAGCAGUUAAAACAUGGUGGAUUACUAUGAAGUCCUGGGCGUGCAGAGACACGCCUCAGCCGAGGACAUCAAAAAGGCAUACCGGAAACUGGCACUGAAGUGGCAUCCAGAUAAAAAUCCUGAGAAUAAAGAAGAAGCAGAGAGAAAAUUCAAACAAGUCGCUGAGGCGUAUGAGGUGCUGUCAGAUGCUAAAAAACGGGACAUCUAUGACAAAUACGGCAAAGAAGGAUUAAACGGUGGAGGCGGAGGUGGAACUCAUUUUGACGGGCCUUUUGAGUUUGGCUUCACAUUCCGGAACCCAGAUGACGUCUUCAGGGAAUUUUUCGGUGGAAGGGACCCGUUUUCAUUCGACUUCUUCGACGACCCAUUCGAGGACUUCUUUGGCAACCGGAGGGGCCCCCGUGGGAGCAGGAGCCGAGGCACAGGGUCAUUCUUCUCCGCCUUCACUGGGUUCCCGUCGUUUGGAGGAGGGUUUCCUUCUUUUGAUACAGGGUUCACUUCCUUCGGGUCACUGGGUCAUGGGGGCCUCACUUCAUUCUCUUCCACGGCGUUUGGUGGGAGUGGGAUGGGCAACUUCAAAUCCAUAUCAACGUCCACGAAGAUGGUUAACGGCAGAAAAAUCACCACAAAGAGAAUUGUCGAGAAUGGUCAAGAAAGAGUGGAAGUUGAAGAAGACGGCCAGUUAAAGUCCUUAACGAUAAAUGGUGUGGCCGAUGAGAACGCCUUCUUGGAAGAGUGCAGGCAGAGAGGCCAACACGCGCUGCCCUCGCAGGCCGCCAGCACCAGCACCAGCGCCCGCCCACUCAGGUCCCACAAGCCCGCUUCUCUACCCAGACAUGCGUCCCCUCCCUAUGUCUGUGAGGACGAGGACGAGCAAGGCAGACACCGGGCCGCCGGCAGUUGGGACCCCUCCGUGUUCUCAGCAGGAUUCAAAGAAGGUGGCAAGAGGAAGAAGCAGAAGCAGAGGGACGAGUCCAAGAAGAAGAAGCCGACCAAAGGGCACCACUAGAUGGACGUGCGCCCGCCAAGCGCCCGCGCCCCGGCCGGCUGUGUGUGCACGCGUUAGGUAGCGGCGUCUGCUUCACCACUGUCCCAAGGCCACACCCACUCACAGCACUGGGGACACUGAACACGGGUCAGUCAGACUAGGGCCAGCGGGAGCCUGGGAGACGGAUGGGCGUGAUGGCCAGGUGGGGAGGGCAGGGUGUGCCCCUGGACGGUCCCCGCCUCUCCCCAGCACUCAGCGUGUCCUCGGAGUGGACGAGGGUCUAACCCAUCUUCUCACCGGGUCAACCGCUGUGCAAAUUACUGGGAUGUGUAGCUGUAGAGGCACGAUGGUGAGGUGCCCGCAGGCCACCAGCUGUGCUCAUGAAGUGACUGCCCGGCGUCGCGCAGUGCUGCGCUGGCAACUAGAGCUAGGUAAGUGUAGGGUGACGCGCAAGUGGCGUCAUCACUCCUGAGCCCUGGCCAUCGCGCACUUCCCUUCAGUUUAUGGAGCCAGACCUGCAGAGCGGCCUUGGCAAGUCACUUCAGAGGUCAUUUCCUGGGUUUAUUGCUUUAAAUUUGAUCCUCUCCACGUGGUCCACAUUUGACUUCAAAUAUUGUUUAAUUUUUGCUAAAUCCUAUUUUUUUCUUGGACCCAUAGUUCUUAAUAGCAUGUUCACAGAAGUCUACAACAUUUUGUUCCAUGAUGCUGUCUCUGGCUCUGAGUUCAGGGUCCGCUGGAGAAAAAUAGACGUGCUAUUUUCACGCACACACACAAACACACACUCACACACACGUCCAGUGGGUAUGCGGAACUCAGUAUUUCAGUUUGUAAACAUUGAUCCUUUAAGAAACCACCUUAAUCUAGCAAGGUCCUCCCAGCCUCCCGUAAUUCUUUCUUUGCAUGAUCUGCUCUUAACCCUUUGUGUUCUGAGCACUGCUGCCUGCCGCUGCCUUCUCCUCUAACACAAGACCCUGUUCUCCACAUCCUCUCUUCCUUUGCUGUCUUGGAAACACGGGCGUCGUGAAAAGCCUGACGUCAUUAAAAAAUGCGAGCAACUUGAAUGUCGCAGUGUUGAAAUUCCGGGUUUUGUGGUAGAAUCCUUGUGGCCAUGCCACGGCUUAGCAGCCAGAAAUGAGAGUGU